AUGUAUUAUGACAAAUCUAUACAAAAUUUUGCGAAACGAAGUUGGAAAUGUGUAUCUAAUAUGCUGAACAAAAGCGAAGAAAAACAAGAGAACACUAUUGGAAUAGAAAAAUGUGGGAGAAGUUGUUUCACAAAGACUGCGUGGAUAGUAACGUGGCCGAUUCACCUCGUGUUCUUGUUUACAAUCCCCGACUGUGAGAAGCCUCGGUUUAAGAGUUGGUUCCCCCUAACAUUUAUCAUGUGCAUAGUAUGGAUAGGAUCUUUAUCUUAUAUUGUUGCCUGGAUGAUUACUAUCAUUGGUGACACACUAAUGAUACCAGACUCAGUGAUGGGAAUAACGUUCUUAGCAGCAGGUACAUCUGUACCAGAGGCUGUAUCUAGUGUUAUAGUUGCCAAGCAAGGCCAUGGAUCUAUGGGCAUCAGCAAUUCCAUUGGAUCAAACACAUUCGACAUUUUACUAUGCCUUGGCCUCCCAUGGCUCAUUAAAGCAUCACUUACUCCAGCUGAGCCUGGUCACUACUGGGUGAAGAUUAACUCGAUGGGGCUGGAGUACUCGGCGAUAUCACUGCUAUCUACGUUGUUGCUGCUGUAUUUAACGUCUGGUUCAAUAAGUUCAAGCUGGAUGCGGCAGUAG